AUGGCGUACAAAUCACGCUUUUCAUUCUGGGAGCAUAAGGGAAGCCUAAAAGUUGAUUCUGAUGUAGAUAGUACUCAGCCUCAGGCCGUCUCUACACCUGGGCUUGACACAGGAAGUGGUCCACAAUCAAUUGCAUCGACAGCUGAGGAGUCCAACAGUAACGGGGCCAUGGGCGGUCCGGACAAUCCGAGGGAGGAUCAGAGCGGUAAAAAGGUAGUGAGGGUUGUGAGAAGAGUGGUAAGACGUGUUGUUCCAGCUGGGACGGAAGAGACUACCCAGUCUGCUGCUUCUGAGACUGCAAGGGCAACUCCCGCCGCAGAGUCUGUGCUUAAAACCACCAAAACUGUUAGAGUAGACAAGGAUGAUAUCUCCAUGGGCUUAACCAGUUUAAUGGGCAGAAGCAGAACCAAGGAACACCGACCUCGAACACGCAACCAGGACCACAAAGAGGACCUGAAGGAGGAGACAAAGCAGCAGGAGGAGGAGGAAAAACCAGAGGAGGUUGCGACUACAUCUGCACCCACAACUACACCACCAAAGUCCAACCCCUUCACUCCUCCAGCUGGGUUCCUCCCCACUCCCAAACCUGACCCUUUAGCCCCACCCGCUGGCUUUAUCCCUGCCCCCAAACAGAACAUCCUGAGUCCUCCACCUGGUUUCAUCCCUGCCAGCAAACCCAGUCCUGUGCUCCCAAAACAGAAUGCCCUGGCAAGACCUCCAGGAUUCAUUCCUGUCAUAAAGACAGACCCCCUGGCCCCCCCUGCAGGCUUCAUCCCAAAGCCUCGUCAAGUCCCUGUGAAGAAACAAGAGGUGAAGGAGAUAUCUUGUCCCCCUGCGGUCCCCAAUGGUAAGCCGACCCCCGUUGUACUGUCCCAGGCUCAGACUUCACCCAGAGAACAGGUCCCAGAACUGAUUCCCUCUGAGGACGAUUACAAACGUGUGAGGAGGAUCUUCAACGUCGAUGGCAGUGAUCGUGCCAGAGGCCGCAAAUCCUCUCAGUCCAAGCCUGUCGAGGACCCUGUGGCCAUCCUUCAGGCAGCACACUCGGCUGCGGCUAAGGGGAAGACUGAGGAGCAGAUAACAGCAGAGAAAGUCUGGUACCACACAGAAAAAGUAUGGCUUGUCCACAAAGACGGAUUCUCCUUGGCGACCCUCCUGAAGACGCAGGCAGGCAGUUUGCCAGAGGGGAAGGUGAAAAUCUGCCUGGAGAGUGAUGGAUCUUUAUUGGACGUGGAUGAAGACGAUGUAGAGAAGGCAAACCCUCCGAUGUUUGACCGCGUGGAGGACUUGGCCGCUCUGCAGUAUUUAAAUGAGUCGAGCGUGAUGCACUCCCUGAGGCAGCGCUAUGGUGGUAACCUGGUGCACACCCACAGCGGUCCCAACAUGGUGGUUAUUAACCCCAUUAGUGCCCCCUCCAUGUACUCUGAGAAGGUGAUGCAAAUGUUCAAAGGCUGCAAAAGGGAGGAUGCCGCCCCUCACAUAUACAGCAUGGCCCAGUCUGCCUACAGAAACCUCCUGACCACAAGGCAGGAUCAGUCCAUUGUCCUGCUGGGCAAGAGUGGAAGUGGCAAGACCACCAACUGUCAACACAUCAUCCAAUAUCUGGUCAACAUCGCUGGCAGCACCAACAAGUCAUUCUCAACAGAGAAAUGGCAAGCGGUCUACACAGUUUUGGAGUCCUUUGGGAAUUCCUCUACCUGUAUGAAUGGGAAUGCUAGUCGCUUCUCCCAUAUUGUUUCCAUGGACUUCGACCAAGCAGGCCUGGUGACAUCAGCCUCUAUCCAGACCAUGCUUCUGGAGAAGAUUAGAGUGUCGAGAAGACCAGAGGGAGAGUCCACUUUUAAUGUCUUUUACUACCUGAUGGCAGGAGUAGACAGCUCUCUAAGAACUGAGCUGCACCUCAACCAUUUUGCUGAAAACCAUGCAUUUGGGAUCAUGCCUCAGACUAAGACUGAGGAUAAGCAGCGGGCCUCCCAGCAGUUUUCUAAGCUGCAGGCAGCCAUGAGGGUUCUGGGGAUCAGCAGUGAUGAGCAGAGGGCCUUCUGGCUCGUCCUGGGGGCCAUCUACCAUCUGGGGGCUGCAGGAGCUACUAAAGCUGGCAGGAAACAAUUUGCACGUCAUGAGUGGGCCCAGAAGGCUGCCUACCUGCUGGGCUGCACCCUGGAGGAGCUCUCCUCCUCCAUCUUCAAGCACCAGGCCAAGGGCACCCUGCCCAGAGCCAGCACCGCGCGCCAGGCCUCUGACGAAAACGGCACUGCAGAUGCAGGAGCAAAGUCUACAGCAUUGGAGUGUUUGGAAGCCAUGGCAUCUGGGCUUUACUCUGAACUUUUCACCAUCCUCAUUUCUUUUAUAAACCGGGCCUUGAAAUCCAGCCAGCACUCCCUGUGCUCGCUGCUAAUCGUGGACACACCGGGCUUUCAAAACCCGCGGCUGGCUAAGCGUGAGUGCGGGGCGACCUUUGAGGACCUGUGCCAUAACUACACUCAAGAACGCCUUCACGCCCUCUUCUAUCAGCGUACCUUCGUGCAGGAGUUAGAGAGAUACAAAGAGGAGAACAUUGAGCUUGCUUUAGAUGACACAGAGCCCAGCACCUCUCUGUCUGUAGCAGUGGUAGACCAGGCCUCAAGCCAAGCUCUGGUACGAACAGUGCGAACGGAUGAGGCACGGGGCCUGUUGUGGCUGAUGGAGGAGGAGGCGCUGCAGCCCGGAGGUUCAGUGGAGACCCUGCUGGGACGUCUCUUUAGCUACUACGGGCCUGCUGAGGGCGAGAGUAAAGGUCACACUUUCCUGUUAAAGAGUGAAAAGGAAAACCACUUUCUGCUGGGCCACAGUCAUGGGACUGACUGGGUGGAGUACAAUGCCAGCGGGUGGCUGAACUAUGCCAAGCAGAAUCCUGCCUCCACCAACGCUGCGUUCCUCCUGCAGGACUCCCAGAAGAAGAUCAUCAGCUCAUUGUUCAUGAGCAGAGCAGGUGGAGCCACAGUCCUGUCAGGGUCCAUUGCAGGCCUUGAAGGUGUUUCCCAGCUGUCUUUGCGAAGGGCCACUAGCAUGAGAAAGACCUUCACCACAGGAGUGGCUGCUAUCAAGAAGAAAUCCUUGUGCAUCCAGAUCAAGCUUCAAGUGGACGCUCUCCUUGAUAUGGUACGGAGGUCCAGAAUACACUUUGUUCACUGCAUAUUGCCCAAGGCAGACGCCCUCAAGGCUCUGAGUGGAUCCCUGUUCAAAGCAGGGGAAUGCGAUGCUCUGGGAGAGACUGGAGAUCCCGGCCUAAUGCAGCUGGAUGUAGCAUUGCUCCGUGCUCAACUCCGAGGAUCAAAGCUACUCGAUGCUCUCCGGAUCCACAGGCAAGGUUACCCCGAUCACAUGGUGUUCUCUGAGUUCCGACGGCGAUUUGAUGUGCUGGCACCGCAUCUCACCAAGAAGCACGGGAGAAAUUACAUUGUGAAGGACGAGAAGAGAGCUGUGGAGGAGCUACUGGAGUCCUUGGAUUUGGAGAAGAGCAGCUACCACAUGGGCCUAAGUAGGUUGUUCUUCAGAGCUGGCACCUUGGCUAAACUGGAGGAACAGAGGGAUGAGCAGACCAAGCGCAAUCUGACCCUGUUCCAAGGGACAUGCAGGGGCUACCUGGCACGACAAGCCUUCAAGAAGAGAAAGAUUCAGGAUCUAGCCAUCCGAUGCAUCCAGAAAAACAUCAACAAGAACCGCGGCGUGAAGGGUUGGCCAUGGUGGAAGCUCUUCACAACUGUCCAGCCCCUCAUAAAGGUCCAGCUGACCGAGGAGCAGAUGCGAGGCAAAGACGAGGAGAUCCAGCAGCAGAAAUUGAAGCUGGAGAGGGUGGAGAAAGAGCGAAAUGAGCUGAGACUGAACACUGAUCGAUUGGAGAGCAGGAUUGCAGACUUGUCGGCAGAACUUGCUGAUGAGAGAAGCACGAGUGAGUCCGCGUCUCAGCUGUUGGAGACAGAGACUUCAGAGAGACUCCGCCUGGAGAAGGACAUGAAGGACCUUCAGGCUAAGUUUGAUGCCAUGAAGAAGCAACUAGAAUCCCAGGAGAUGGAAGUGAUUGAGGCUCGGCUCAUGAAAACAUCUGAAAUCAAUGGGGAGAUGGAUGAUGAUGAUGAGGACUCUGGAGGCGAGUGGCGGAUAAAAUACAACCGAGCCAUUCGUGAAAUGGACUUUACAAAAAAGAAACUCCAGCAGGAAUUUGAUGACAAGCUGGAGACAGAGCAGCAGAGCAAAAGACAUCUGGAGAGAAGGAUGGCUGAUUUGCAAACAGAUAAUGAGGAUGUGCAGCGCUCUGUGCAGCAGCUGAAGAAGAAGUGCCAGAAGCUGACGGCAGAGCUGCAGGACACCAAGCUGCACCUAGAGGGCCUGCAGAGCCGCAACCACGAUCUGGAGAAGAAGCAGAGGAAAUUUGACCUGGAGCAGAACCAGGCUCAGGCUGAGGUACAAAGAGAAAGGAGCCAGAGGGAGAAGCUGGCUCGAGAGAAAGACAUGAUGACCGGGGAGAUCUUUAACCUCCGCCAGCAGCUUCAAGACAAGGACAGUGAAUUGUGCGCCGUGAAUAUGAAGGUGCAACAGCUGGAGGCAGAGCUACAGGAUCUGUCGUCCCAGGAGUCUAAGGAUGAAGCCUCACUGGCCAAGAUCAAGAAGCAGCUCCGCGACCUGGAGGCCAAGGUGAAAGACCAGGAGGAGGAGCUUGAUGAACAGGCUGGAACCAUCCAGAUGCUGGAACAGGCUAAACUGCGACUCGAGAUGGAGAUGGAGAGGCAGCGGCAGAACCACUCUAAAGAGAUUGAGCAAGAUGAAGAAGUGGAAGAGAUUAGGCGGUCCUGCAGUAAAAAGCUGAAACAGAUGGAGGUGCAGCUGGAGGAGGAGUAUGAAGACAAGCAGAAAGUGUUGCGUGAAAGGAGAGAGCUGGAGUCCAAACUGCUCUGCACCCAGGACCAGGUUGGCCAAAGGGAUGUGGAGACAGAGAAGAGGCUGAAGAAGGACCUGAAGAGAACCAAAGUCCUUCUGGCGGAUGCACAGAUCAUGCUGGACCACCUGAAGAGCAACGCCCCCAGUAAGAGAGAGAUCGCCCAGCUCAAAAAUCAAUUGGAGGAGUCAGAGUUCACCUGUGCCGCUGCAGUAAAGGCUCGAAAGAGCAUGGAGGUUGAAAUAGAGGACUUGCAUAUCCAAAUGGAGGACGUGGCCAAAGCUAAGCUGUCGCUGGAGGAGCAGGUCAGCCGCCUGCAGAGAGAGAAGAACGACCUGCAGUCUCGUAUGGAGGAGGAUCAGGAGGACAUGAAUGAGCUGAUGAAGAAGCAUAAAGCUGCAGUUGCCCAGUCUGCCAGGGACUUGAGCCAGAUCAGUGACCUGCAGGCCCAGCUGGAAGAGGCCACAAAGGAGAAGCAGGAGAUCCAAGAAAAGGUUCAUUCCCUCCAGAGCCAGCUCGAAUUCCAAGAACAGUCCAUGGUGGAAAAGUCUCUUGUGUGCCGUCAAGAGGCCAAGAUCCGUGAGCUGGAGACUAAGCUGGAGUACGAGAGGACACAGAUCAAACGAUUGGAGAGCUUGGUGGGCCGUCUGAGGGAGAACCUGGAAAAGAUGACAGAGGAGAGAAACCAACGCAUCGCAGCUGAAAACAGGGAGAAGGAGCAGAACAAGAGAAUGCAGCGGCAGAUAAGAGACAUGAAAGAAGAGACGGCGGAGCUGUCCAAGAAGGAGGCCGAGGCAAGCCGGAAGAAGCACGAACUGGAAAUGGACAUUGAGAGCUUGGAGGCGGCAAACCAGAGUUUACAAGUGGACCUCAAACUGGCCUUCAAGAGGAUUGGUGACCUGCAGGCUGCCAUAGAGGACGAGAUGGCGAGUGAUGACAAUGACGACUUAAUCAACAGUUUGCAAGACAUGGUGACAAAAUAUCAGAAAAGAAAGAACAAAACUGGGGAUGACACAGAAACAGACUCGGAGGUGGAAGACCGUGUGGAUGGAGUUAAGUCUUGGCUCUCCAAGAACAAAGGCUCGUCAAAGACCACGUCGGAUGAGAGCAGUCUGAAGAGCACCAGAAAUGCAGCAAAUGCAGAUGCUAAAGAGGAUAAAGAAGCAAAAGAAAAGACGAAUGAUGGAAGUAAAGAGGGGAAAGACGUAGAGCAGAACAGAUCAGUGUCUGUCAUGAGUUCCCUCAGCUACAGGAAGCGCUCCAACCUCAAAGACUCCAUAGGAGGCAAAGGUGAUGAGAGCUCCUUGUUUAGCACUCUGAAAGAGCAACCUGACAUACCGGACCAUGCCUCCAUGCGCAAAGCCAAGUCUAAGUCCGGAGACCUCCAGGAGGAUUGGAAGAAGAGCCAAGCACAGGAAGACUUAGACGAUAAAGGCUCUGUCAUCUCCAUGGCUUACUCUGAAGCCACCAGCAGAGCCAGGAAGGGCUUUGAAUCCCGCUGGACUUCCCGCAGUAGCCCUGAAUUCGAUAAGGACUCCAUGGUGUCCUCUGUGGCUCCCAGCAGGAUGUCCACAAGGAGGGGAUUGUUGGACAUGGAUGAUGACAAUAAGUCCACUAUCAGCAGCGUGAGCCGCUCUAGUCCACGCUUGCUAAAUCGUAGCUCCUCUUGGAAAGACGAACGACGCAGUAGCUCUCGCCUGUCCCUCGCUCGCAGCUGUGGCCUGAGUGAAUUUGGCCUGCACGUAGAUGAUGACGAUGACGACGAUGGCCAAAGUGUGGCUUUUACCGAAGGGGGAACUUCAUCUUUCAGUCCUCGUUCCCUCAGUCGAAGCUUUUCUAACCCGCCUCAACCCCGCACCUCAGACAAUAAUCCAACAGAGUUGUCAGACAUUAAGACCGUCACCCACCGCAACUACCUGGAUCCUGAUUUGGAGGCUGCAAUUAAUGAGGUGCUGAGCUUCAAACCCAUUAAGUUCAAGCGCAGCAAACUUGAGAAGUCUAGUAGUGAGGAAGAAGAUGCAACGAAAGGUCCAGGAAGGGAGGAAAGCAGGAAAAAGGGAGAUAACGACGGGCUCGGUACCAGUUCAUCCGGCCUGCUUCGAUCUGCAUCAGGUUCUGCUCUGGACUACAAUCGACCAUCCAGCAUCAUGAGCAGCAGCAGCAGCUUCCGCAGCCGCAGAGAUAAAAAGUAAAAAAGUAAAAUCUCUCUCUCAGACGACUCUUCAUCAGACGAUCGUCAAAGCAGAAGAAGCUCAAGGGGGAAGAGUGUGAAGAAGUCCAAGAAGAGAUCCAAGAAGAAGCCAAGCGAGUCAGAGGAUUCCUCCUCCUCCUCGUCAGAGUCAUCAGAGUCCUCAUCCUCUGACUCGACAAUCUCCUACCGCAGCUCCAACAGUGUCAAAAGGAACCCAAAAAAGCCAUCUGAUGAUGACGAUGAGGAGCCUAAGCCGUCCAGCAAGAAGGACACAAAGAAGAAGCAAAAGAAGAUGGAUAACUUGGUGAUGAAGUACCUCUACAAGCCUGACAGUGACUGAUACCAGCA